AUGUCGGAGAUCACUCUUGGGCAGUACCUCUUUGCUCGCCUUCGUCAGGCUGGUUUGAACGCAGUGCACGCUGUACCUGCACAACACCAUCUCGAGAUAUUGAACCAGGCAGUUUCUGCCGGGCUUGAAUGGACCCAGCAUUCCAGCGAGCUCAAUGCUGGCUUUACUGCAGAUGGCUAUGGACAAAUACGGGGAAUCGCGGCUCCGGAUGCCAUUAGCGAGUCUUACGAAGAGAUGGUACCUGUUGUGCUCGUUAUUGGAAGUCCGCCGCGCAUGGAACAGUUUCAGGCUUUCAAAUACCACCACCCUUUUUACGAUACACAGCCAGAAGCUCUUGAGCAAUUUGCCAACUGGUUCCCCAAGAGUACAGUCAUGCAGGAAAUACUUCUUGACCCCAACGAUAUCGCCAAUCAGGUUGAUAACGCGAUCAAAGAAUGUAUCUUCCAGUCCUGGCCGGUUUACAUCGAACUACCCGAGGACAUGGUGAACAUGAAGAUACGCAUAGACGAACUCGAUGCCCCAACAAACCUCAAGCCCCGGUUCAAUAAUGAUGACCUCGAACAGAAAGUGCUGGCUGAAAUAAUGAACAGAAUCAGACUGGCGGAGCGACCUACAAUCCUGAUAGAUGCUGGUGCCACAACUUGUGGCCAGCGCGAGAUCAAUCGCUUGGCAAAGAUGACUGGAAUUCCGACUACUACAACCUCAAUCAGCAGAGGUCUUGUGGAUGAGACUCUGUCAAAUUUCCAUGGAUCCAUGUGUUCCAGGUGGGACAAGCUUGGUGCGUAUGUUCAAUCCUCCGACUUUGUCCUCCACAUUGGACCUAUCGAGACCAUUUUCCGGUCUUCCCCCUUUGAUUCGGGCUGCAAACAGGAUAAAACAAUCACUUUCAAAUGGGUUUCUAUCAUAAUGGGAUCCAAGUUAUGGAGCGUUUCUAGCAGGUUCAUACUUCAAAAGAUUCUAAAGUCUCUGAGUCAAGAAAGACUCCAAGGCCCUGCACCUUACCCGGAUUUACCAAAUGUUCAGGAGAAGAUCAAUAUACUUCCUAUUCAAAAGAAGACAACACCACUUCAACAUGACAUCUAUAAUUCCCUUUGGCGACGAAUUUCGUCCCUUCUCUGUCCGGGGGAUCUCAUUCUCACUGAACCCUUCACAGCAGGCGCGGGAGCACGCUCAUUUGUCUUGCCCCGGAAUGCAAUCGUGAUUAACUCGGGAUUCCACAGAUCUCCCGAGUAUAUGCUUGCUGCCACCUCUGGUGUAGCCAUCGCCCAACGAGAGCUUGGUGAAUCCAAAUACCUGUUUGGACAAGGAAGAACGAUUCUUUUCGAGGGAAUUGAGGGGUUCAAACAGGCUCAAGGUGCCUUUGGCACGGUCUACAAGGAGAAGUUGAACAUGAUAAUCUUCCUCAUCAAUGAAAAGCAACAAUCAGUGGAGAAAUUCAUGCACGAAAUGGAGAUGAAGCACAACCACGGCGCCCCGUGGAAAUACUCGGAGUCUCUUUCUUUCCUCGGAUCACCAAACGAGACAUCCUAUCCGGUUUUAGUCAGCACCUGGGGCGAACUUGGUGGGAUUCUCGAUGACAAGAGGAUUGUGGAGUUGGAGAUCCAGCCUGAGAAUCUUGAAGUACCUGGUCUUUUCAGUGGAAAGUACGGUGAAUCCCCGAGUCUUUUGACCAAGGAGCUCAGUUUCGUUAAGGAUUGA